AUGGUUUUCUCCUAUAAUUGUGCAAAUUGCUGUAUGAUUAUUAGCGUCUGGGGGACUAUACAGCUGAUAAUUAUGGGAACAUUGUACAAAAAGGAAAUGUUAACAUUGCUUGACGACGUGGAAGCUGAGGAGUACCGUAAUUAUGAGGACUUCAUAAAAAAGACACAUGAAAAUUAUCAAAAGGUAGCCAGAAAUUGUUGGAUUGCCGCUUCUAUUUAUUUCGUGGUGUUUAUCAUAUCCUACAUAUGUGUUAAAAAAACGAAAAAAAUUAAGAUUAAGACCGCUCUCGAAUUGGAAGAUGAUGAAAUCAGUUGUCGAUCACCGACCGCUAUGCAACGACGCUGA